CCGAGGAGUACUACGCUUCCUUAGUCCUGACUCCCUGACUCACUCUCUUUCUCUCUCCUGCGAAUUUCCAAAUUUCGCAGUUCUACACAAACACAACGUCCUUUCGUCGGUGCAUCAUUGUCAAUUUUCACUCUCAGAAAAAUCAGUAAGAUCUCUGAUUUCUCUUCUACCAUUUUCUGUUCUUUAAGUUUCUCGAUUUCAGAUCUUCGUAGUAUCAUUGUUUAGACUUGUUGAAAUCCCCAAUUUUAGGUUUUUUAGGGUUUACAUUAUUAGAUCUUGAAUACCCAAUAUCGCAAUUAUAAAGAAUCUGGUUUGUUUUUGGCUAAUUAGGGUAAUUUCUGAUCUGGGUCUGCCAGAUCCGACGGAAGAAUUGUUGAUUUUGGGUCAAAGAUGGGGUUUUUAGGUAAAUUUAUGAUCUUUAUAGUUGUGAUUUGUUUGAUUUGUGAAUCUGGAAAUGGGUUUUAUUUACCUGGUAGUUACCCUCACAAGUAUGUAGUUGGGGAUACUCUUUCAGUGAAGGUGAAUUCUCUGACCUCCAUUGAUACUGAAAUGCCCUUUAGUUAUUAUAGUUUACCCUUCUGUAAACCCCAGGAGGGUGUAAAAGAUAGUGCCGAGAAUCUCGGUGAGCUUCUUAUGGGUGAUAGGAUUGAGAACUCACCUUAUAGGUUUAAGAUGUACACAAAUGAGACAGAGAUCUUUUUGUGUAAAACCAGCCCGCUUUCGGCGGAUGAGUUUAAGCUCAUGAAAAAGAGAAUUGAUGAGAUGUAUCAGGUUAAUUUGAUCCUUGAUAAUCUCCCCGCUAUUCGAUACACCAAGAAGGAUAAUUUCUUGUUGAGGUGGACGGGAUACCCUGUUGGGAUUAAGGUUCAGGAUGCUUAUUAUGUAUUCAAUCAUUUGAAGUUGAAUGUUUUAGUUCAUAAGUAUGAGGAGCCCAAUGUGGCUCGUGUCAUGGGAACGGGAGAUGCGGUUGAGAUGAUCCCUAAUGGAGCUAAUGGACCUGUAGAGCCUGGUUACAUGGUUGUUGGUUUUGAGGUUGUUCCUUGCAGUGUUCAGCAUGAUAUGAAUGCAAUUAAGAAUUCCAAGAUCUAUGAUAAGUACCCUGGGAAGAUUAAUUGUGAUCCGGCAACUGUGUCGAUGGCAAUCAAGGAAAGCCAGCCUGUGGCUUUCACUUAUGAGGUUUCAUUUGUGGAAAGUGAUAUCAAGUGGCCAUCUAGAUGGGAUGCUUACUUGAAAAUGGAAGGUGCCAAGGUUCAUUGGUUCUCUAUUCUUAACUCCUUGAUGGUGAUCACUUUCCUUGCUGGAAUUGUUCUUGUGAUCUUUUUGAGGACUGUUCGCCGAGAUCUGACUCGUUAUGAGGAAUUGGACAAAGAGGCUCAAGCUCAAAUGAAUGAGGAACUGUCGGGAUGGAAGCUUGUUGUUGGUGAUGUCUUCCGGGCUCCUGGCUACGCGUCGUUGCUCUGUGUGAUGGUUGGAGAUGGUAUUCAGCUUCUUGGAAUGGGUGUUGUGACAAUUAUGUUUGCUGCUCUAGGGUUUAUGUCGCCUGCAUCUAGGGGAACUCUUCUCACAGGGAUGGUGUUCUUCUACUUGGUUCUUGGUAUUGCUGCUGGAUAUGUGGCUGUUCGAUUGUGGAGGACUAUUGGUUGUGGAGAUCACAAGGGAUGGGUAUCAGUUUCUUGGAAGGCUGCUUGCUUUUUCCCAGGUGUUGCCUUUUUGAUAAUGACAAUCUUGAAUUUCUUGCUGUGGGGAAGUCACAGCACUGGAGCUAUUCCAUUCUCUCUCUUUGUCAUUCUUAUCUUGCUCUGGUUUUGUAUCUCUGUUCCUCUCACAUUGGUUGGUGGUUACUUUGGUGCAAAGGCUCCUCACAUCGAAUACCCUGUGCGAACCAACCAAAUUCCCCGAGAAAUCCCACCUCAGAAAUACCCUUCAUGGUUGUUAGUCCUUGGUGCUGGGACCCUCCCAUUCGGAACCCUCUUCAUUGAGCUUUUCUUCAUCAUGUCUAGCCUUUGGAUGGGAAGAGUUUACUAUGUUUUUGGAUUCCUCUUCAUUGUUCUGAUCCUGCUUGUGGUUGUGUGCGCUGAGGUCUCACUUGUUCUAACAUACAUGCAUCUAUGUGUUGAGGAUUGGAAGUGGUGGUGGAAAUCUUUCUUUGCCUCUGGUUCAGUUGCCAUUUACAUUUUCCUGUAUUCCAUCAACUACCUCAUAUUCGACCUCAAGAGCUUGAGCGGCCCUGUUUCUGCUACACUCUACUUGGGAUAUUCACUCUUCAUGGUUUUGGCCAUCAUGCUAGUCACCGGUACUGUUGGAUUCCUAUCCUCGUUUUGGUUUGUGCAUUACCUCUUCUCCUCGGUGAAGCUGGAUUGAAGCUUUUUAUCGCAACUACAAGGUUUCUUCCAGAUUUAGUAGAGGUAUCUUUCCUGGUGGAAGAUGGUUGUUUAGUCUGCUCCUUUAAUAUAUGUUACCCGUUUCAGGUUCUUCUAUGUGUUCUAGGAAAUUUGAUAAAGAUUUGUAAUAAUAAACUUUUGCAUGAUUUUUUGAUUACAACAUGGGGGAUACCUGCAUCAUUUUACAUAGUUUACUUGCAACCUUGCAUAUCUAGGGCUUAUUUUCCUUCUUUUUUUCCCUCCUCCUAGUGGUUCAUGAUAAACUUCUUGUACUUGACAUUUAGAUAUGGAAAUGGAAGUUGAGUUGUUUUUGCUUUU